AUGAGUGAUCACAGGGCAACGACUAGUAACUCAGCUGUUGGGAAGCAGAGUGCGGCUCAAACUGCAACUCCCAGAAAGUAUAUGAUUGGGAAGAUGAAACAAAUAUGUUCUGUAGUAACAGAUCCAAGAACUGGUUUACAAUCCAUUGAUUUGAAGAAAAGACCAGACGAAAAAGUAUAUGGUGUUACGAAGUUCUUAAAUCAUUAUCAGGUGGAAAAGAAACUGGGUCAAGGUACGUUUGGUUCCGUUUAUCUAGGAAGCCAUCUAGAGACUCAAAGACAAGUGGCUAUGAAGAGAAUUUUGAUUAACGAGGAGAAUGAUUUAUUCCCUAUCACUGCCCAAAGAGAGAUUACUAUUCUAAAGAAACUAGAUCAUAAGAAUAUUAUUAAACUAAUCGAAAUGGUAUUUGAUUCACCUCCAGAAUCACAUUCUGAUGAUGGAGUUGCCACUAGGGAUUCAAAUCCUCUUAACCCUACUGCUAAGGCUAAUAAUAAAUUCUUCUACAUGAUUCUACCAUAUAUGGUCUCUGAUUUGGCCGGUAUAUUACAUAACCCUAGAAUAAGUUUAUCGAUGCCUGAAAUUAAGAAUAUUAUGUUACAGUUACUAGAAGGGGUCAACUAUCUACAUUGCACCAAAUAUAUGCAUAGAGAUAUUAAGACAGCAAAUAUUUUAAUCGACCAUAAUGGUACUAUUAAGCUUGCUGAUUUUGGGUUAGCAAGAUUGUACUAUGGUUCGCCACCAAAUUUGAAAUUCCCAGGUAGUGCAGGAACUGGUGCUAAAUAUACAUCUGUAGUAGUGACUAGAUGGUAUAGAGCUCCCGAAUUGGUUCUAGGUGAAAAGCAUUACACUACGGCGGUAGAUAUUUGGGGUGUUGGUUGUGUCUUUGCCGAAUUCUUCGAAAAGAAACCUAUUUUACAAGGUACAACAGAUAUAGAUCAAGGACAUGUUAUCUUUAAACUAAUGGGGACACCGACAGAAGAAGAUUGGAAAUUGGCUAGAUAUUUACCAGGGGCAGAGUUGACGAAGGCCGUAUAUAAGAGCACAUUAAAUGAACGAUUUGGCAAAUAUCUUGAUGAUACUGGAUUGCAAUUCCUAGCCAAAUUAUUAGCAUUAGAUCCAUAUAAGAGAUAUACUGCGAUGGCUGCGAUGCAAGAUGAUUUUUUCAAGAAGGAACCAUUACCAGCGGCUCGUUUGGAAUUAUUGUGUGAAGAGAGUCAUGAAUCUGAUAUCAAACGUUAUAAGGAAGAAAUGCAUCAAAAUAUGUCUCAGAGAGCACCAACUGCUCCUAGGGGUCAUGUGAACGAUGUAGAUUCCAUAUCAAAGAGUCAAUAUGACAGAUCACGUAACAACAAUAAACUUCCACUGAAAAGGAUUCCACCAUCGGGACCUGCUAAAAAAACACCAAAUCAUAUGGGAGAAAACAAAGAAGUUGUCAUUGAAGAUAAUUCAGUUGCAAAGAAACCUUCGAGGUAUAACACAACAAAAAUGGAUAAGGGGGUCAGUUCACUGCCGCCUAGACCUAAUAAGAUGCCCCUACCAGAAGUUCACCAAACAGCGUCGCGGUUUAAUAAAAUCCCAACUAACGUUAACACAAACGAACAAUAUAAUAUUAAUGAUCGAAACAAUGGUAACACAGGAUAUAACUCUAGAACCAAUAAUAAUACUCGUAAUGUUGAAAGAUACAAUCAAAAUAAUUAUAAUGAUUAUAAUCAGAAUUCUGGGUGGUACGACAAAGAGACUAAUGCCAGAUCAAUCAGCUUCAACCAAUCGAGGUAUCAACGUGCUAAUAAUAACAAUAACAAUAAUAAGAAAAGUAAAAUAAUAGAGACAAAUAAAUCAUUAGAAAUGAAAACAAACAGUCAAAUUGAACAAAACAAGAACACUGUGAACUAUACGCGUAGGAAUAGUAGUCAUGGUAAAAGAUAUGAAAAAAGACAACGAGAUGAUUAUGAUUAUGAUAAUGGGAAUGACGACAAUCAAGGGAAAGAUAUUUCUGAUUUGUACUAA